CUACUGUUUUCAUGUGUGUUGUUCGGAUGAUUUAUUUUAUGCAUAACCGGUGAUUUUUGUCUGACUAUAACGUUUUAUUUCCUUAAUACUUAUAAAAUCACAUUUGAUAAUCAUUCACCGUCAAAGUUAUCUAGGUCUCAAAUUAUAUAUCUGUUAUAAUGGAGUUUGCAGAUGCGAUACCGGUAACAUUUAAAGAAAUAACUCCAAACCAUAAUCUACUCGAAAAAUGGAAAGAAAUUGUUCUUAAUACAGGUGGUACUCAUAGUACCCUACAAGAUAUAAAGUUACCACAUAAAGCCGGUGGUUAUUGGUACAAGGACUCUGAUAAAGCUAGUACACGGAAUAGAUUUAUUUACUGGCAAACUACAUCAGAUGCCAUAGAAUUUACAGAAGCCUCAUUGGAUGUUAAUGUGUCAGCAUGUAAUUUAAGAUGUAAAGUUGCUCCUGUGACUCCACCGUUAAAUAAUAUAACUUUCUAUGAAAGAACUUCAUCUCAACAAAUUGUAAUUUUGGCUGCCACAGUAUCAUCAGUUCAUAGAUUAAUAUUUCCCCAUCCUGAGAGCUUGGAUAGAAAGUCUACUUUUGGAUCCCUAAGCAAUACAACCACUUCAAUAUUUUAUGAUACAAGUGCUGUUAAUAAUCCAAAUAAUUAUUAUAUUCUCAAUCAGUAUUCUAUUUCUAAUACUGGUGUAGCUCACUCCUGUGCAUCCAUAUUAAGAGACAAUGGAGAGGCAGUUUUUGCUUUGGCAUUUGGUUAUGGUGGAGAAGGAGGCUUGUUACUUGUGAAGCUGCCAGUAACAGGUGCAGCUGUCACCACUGUUUUGAAGAGAGAAUCAAAUGUACCGAGAUUUCUUUCUGGACUUACUGGUGCUCUAAGAGGGAAAACUAACACAGAUGGUGUAGAGACAUAUGGAGUUGUGCUCACAAAUGGACUAGCAAUAGUAAUAUGCGGAGAUACAUGUUUGCGAGCUUGGCAUUUUGAUGAGGGUGGAGCACCAAUUUCAGUGUCUGCUCCUCUAUCACAGACAUUGGCUAAACCAAAGCCACCACCACAUGGCCAUAUGCUUCAAAGUACAAUUGGCUUAGAUGGAAGCACAAUAUUAGUAGCAUACUUAUCAUUCCCAAAUGAGUCUGAAUUCAUUGUUAUGAAGAUGCAUGAUGCAGGAACUGCAGGUGUUAAGUUCUCACAAAUUUGUCACAUUUUUGGGCCCCAGUUGGACCUCCUUGAUUAUACUAUUGGAUAUGGUGAUAACAGUCACGUAAUUUGGGCAUUGUGGUCACAACCAGAUGGGGAUGCUGUGAUAACAAGUAGCGCUAUUGGUCCAGAAGUAUCAUGGCGUGCAGUAGCAACCAAAGAGCCUAUGUCUCCUCUACCACAAUUAUCAUCACACCAACAAUAUCGCGAUCGCUUGUUGGCUCCUGGUCUAUUCCCUUCUUGUGUAAUUAAGAAAGCUCUUGUGAUCUAUCGCCGCACAUGGGGUGGCAAUGAUCAAGUGAUCGAGACAGAUUUGGGUGAAGCUUGUGUGAACGCAGUGCAAGCGCGUCUACGCAAUCUCACCGCGAGGGCCGCGGCACCGGACCACUCGCAUCUCUUGCAUAAAUGUUGGUCAGACCUCUACAGUUGGUGUAUGCAGUAUAUGGAGGGAUUGCAAAAGCCAUUAGGUUUAAUGGUUACUAAACAUAAUAGCGAAAGUGAGAAUGGUUGGUGGUGUGCGGUAGUGCGCCGCUCGGGAGUGUCGCUCGUGCGAGAGCUCGAGCCGUUGGAACGGAUGAUGCUCUCUCCAGAUAUAUCCAUACCUGAUGAGGUGGGCUCGUGCGAGCUGUCGGCGGACGCGAUGCGCGUGGUGGCGGCGGGCGCGCGGUGGGAGCGCGGGGCGGGCGCGGCGGGCGCGGCCGAGCUCGAGCGGCGCCUGUUCGCCUGCGCCGCGCCGCAGCACCGCCUGCUGCCGCGCCUGCUGCACCUGCUGCUCGCCGCCGCGCCCACUGACCCCGCGCCCAGCUUAACACCACAGCAAGUUGAUGAGCUGACUUCAAUUUUGGAGCCUAUUAAAGAUUUACAAAAUGCCGUCUUGGAAUUGAAUGAUGCUCUUAGAUUAGAUGUACCUGAAAUUGAUACUUCGAAAAGUGAUGAUGAAGAUACAAGCGAAUACGACAAUUUAUUUGCAAGUGAUCUUGGGGUAUCUAUUGUGACUGAAGCAAUUCGACAAAUGGCUGAAAUGAGGUGUCGCGUAGUGCGCGGCGCGCUGGCGGCGCUGGGCGCGGUGCGCGGCGCGGGCGGCGUGCCCGGCGCGGGGCACUGCGCCGUGCACUGGCAGGCGUACCGCGCGCUGCUGUGGCUGCGGGCCGCCGUGCUGCAGCACAAUCCAUCGGGCUCGUCGGAGACGUUCCGGCUCGCGCUGAGCGCGCUGGGCGGGUCCGCGGUGGAGGCGGGCGCGGAGGGCGCGGGAGCCGUAGCGGCGUACGCGGCGGGCGCGGGCGGGGCCCGGGCUCGCGCGCACCUCGCCACCGCGCACGCGCACACCGCCUGGCACCGCGCGCUGCCGCUGCUCGCGUACCACCUCGCGCAUCAGCUUUGGGCCGUGAGUGGUGGAUUUGAAUUCGGUUGGUGGUUGGCUUCUAUCAACCAACCGCGACUCGUGCAGAACUACGUCAAUAUGUUGGAACCAUGGUGCGAGUGGAACUCUUGCUCACGUCAAUUCAUCCUCGGGUUAUCCCUUUUGGAGUUAGAGGACGCAGAGGGUGCGUACACAGCGUUCUGUCGCGCCGCAAAAGGCGUGAGCUCAGAACCGUUCUUGCGGCAGCUCGUGGCGGAACCGCGUGACCGAUUAGCGCAUCAUCACGCUCUCGUGCUUUAUUAUAUGAAAGUAAUUAAAUUGUUCGAAAUUCACGACGCCGGCGCAUGUGUCGUGCGUUUAGCAGAAACAGCAAUUUCGAUCGCUGACAAAGAUGAUCCAAAUUUGGCGAUGUUCCAAUGGGUGGUGUUCAAGUGGCACCUGUCCGGCGGGCGCACGGAGCGCGCGCUGAGCGCAGCGGCCGCCAACCCGGCGCCGCACGCGCGACAGGCCGCCGCCGCCACGCUGCUCACUACACUUGCGGAGCGCAAAGAACUUGGCGCGCUAGUGCGGUGCAGUGCGCUGAGUGAGGAAGCGGAGAAAGCGGCGGCCGCACGCGCCAAACUGCACGAUGCGCACGCUGACAAUCCUUACUAUGACUUCUUGUACGCACUGAAUGUGUCCCGCCAUCAUUAUCGCAAAGCGGGCGCGGUAAUGUACGAGCGCGCGACGCGGUGCGGCGCCGAGCGCGGCGGGUCCCCGCUGCGGCGGCGCUACCUCGCCGCGGCGCUCACGUGCCUGCGGCUCGCGACACCGGAGCACGCCUUCCUCGCGCGACCCACCGCGCCCGACCUCGCGGCCACACAGGUUAUGGGUCCAGAUGACUUAGCUGCUGAACUACGUAAAGAAGAUCCAGAAUCUCUAGAUCCAGUUCAGAAAGCUUUACGAAGAUCUGAAAAUAUCGAUUUCGAUCAUUUGUACCCAUAUUUAAAAGACGCAGAUCGGGAAACACUUUUAGCAGUUACAAAGAGGAUAAUUAGUACGGGUCAAUUUUUACCGCGCUGGUUCCUACAACGAUUUAUGGAGCUGGACGGCGCGGGGUGCGUGCGCACGCUGCUGCGCGGCGGACGCGUGGUGGAGGCGGGCUGGGCGUGCUGCGGCGCGCUGCGGUCCGCGCUGGUGGCGCUGCGGCCCGGCGCGCCGCCCGCCGCCGCGCCGCUCGCGCUCGCCGACCUGCUGCUGGCCGAGCUGCGCCACCACGCGCGCCACCAGCCCUCCAGAGAGGUAUAUGAAGACUUACAAAAACUUGUUGAUUCAUACAUUGAAAUUGUUCAGCGUACCUCUGAUGAUAUGAAAAGUGCGCAGCUUCAAUACACAAUUGUUAAUUGAAUAUAGAAUAACUGAAAUAAAAUAAUUUGUAUGUU